UAAUAUUUAACCUAUACAAAAUUUUUCUCUAGAAAUAUAUACAUACGUAGUAUUUAAGAUUUAUUGUACAUAAAACUUAAGUUCAAAUAACAGUUGUUUUAUAUUCGGAAAUUUUAUUUUAAUAAUAAUAUUCGUUCAAUUUAUUUCCAGUAUUGCAUUUUAUCAGUUAUUGCAUUAUUUACUGUAAUUGAUAAAAUGGCAGCUGUGAAUUUUAAAACAUUAAAAGAGGAGGAGAUUAUUAAAUUCUUCAAUUCUUUUGACACUGUUCUCACAGAUUGUGAUGGUGUUUUAUGGAUGCAUAUGACACCUUUGAAAAAUGCAUCCACUGUAAUAAGUAAGCUCCAUGCUUUGGGGAAUAGAGUCUUUUAUAUUACCAAUAAUAGUACAAAAACAUUAGAAGAGUUUAUGGAUAAAUGUAAAAUAUUGGAAUUUGAAGUUUCAAAAGAUAAUAUUUUAUGUACUGCAAAUCUUUCUGCUAAAUAUCUACAUAAGUUAGGUUUUUCUAAGAAAGCUUAUGUCAUUGGCUCUGAAGCAAUAACGAAAGAAUUAGAAAAAGUUGGUAUUUCACAUUACGGAGUAGGACCAGAUGUUAUUAAUCCAGAUAUAUCAUGUUCAUAUACAGUAUUUAAUAAGGAUCCUGAAGUUGGAGCUGUAAUUGUAGGAUUUGAUGAACAUUUUAGUUAUCCAAAAAUGGUUAAAGCAGUAACAUAUUUAAAUGAUCCAAAUGUACAUUUUAUUGGAACAAAUACUGAUGAAAGAUUUCAACUUGCACAAAGCAUUGUUAUACCUGGUACAGGAAGCUUAAUUCGUUGUAUAGAAAGUUGUACAGAAAGAAAAGCUCUUAUAAUGGGCAAACCUGAACCUUAUAUAGCUAAUAUUUUAAAGGAGAGAUAUAAUGUAAAUCCUGCAAGAACUCUUAUGAUAGGCGACAGAUGUAAUACUGAUAUUUUGCUUGGUACUAGAUAUGGUUUUAAAACAUUGCUUGUCUUAACAGGAGUUACCAAUUUACAACAAGUAGAACAGUGGAAACAAUCAAAUAAACCAGAACAAAAAGAACUUGUUCCUGACUACUAUAUUGAUGCAUUAGGAGAUCUUUUAUAUUAUAUAGAAUUAUUUACAUCUAAAUCAAAAAAAAAAAUAUUAAUUUAGAAACUGCUAAAAUUUAAAUAUAAUUUGUCAACAUACUUUAAUUUUUGAUAUAAAACAUUUAUAAUAUAAACAUCAUUUUUUCUACCAAAAAAAAAUGUUAAAUGGAAUGAUUAUUUAAAGUUAAAAAAAAUUUAUAUAUAUAUAUUUGUUAGUAUCAUGUAAUCAGUUUAAAAAUAGAUCAUCUAACCUAGUCUUUAAGAAAAGAAUUUUUUUUUCUUUGAAAGAAAAUAGAUAAAGUUAUAAUGUUAAAAAUAUUAAAACAUUCAACCAGUACUCUGUUACAAAUUAAACACGGUAUAAUUUUUUAUAUAUUUAUACUAAUUUUUUAUUAUUACGAGAAAUUUUUGAAGUUUAUCAGUUUUAAUGAACAAUAAAAAUCAAAACUAUGUAGAGUUAUAAUCAAUCAGAACAUUAUGUAAGUUAAGAAUAAAGUGCCAUCUAUAACGAGUACGGAUACGAUAGUUAAGAGUCUAUUAUUUCGUUGAUAUAUAGUAUGAUAUAGUUAUUACACGUUAUAUGCAAAUAACUGCUUUUCAAUGGAAUGUAUUCAAUGUUAAUAUAUAUAUCAUGAUUACAUAACGUUGCACAGUCAAGGCUAUUUUGCUAAUGCUCGCCAUGCAGUCGAGCAAUGUAGUGCUAGCUAUUAGGAUUUAAUAUUUCAGUUUACUCUAGUAAAAAUUUUCUUAUAAAAGUCAUAUGAAUCUACGCAAUAGAAAUCAAUUUCAUUCCAUCUAAAUAUCAAAAUAUAGGUGUAUUCAUAAUGUCGACAAAACAAUUGACAUCGAUAUCCAAAGA